UUUCGGGCAGCGGUCACCACCGUUCGGGCACUUUCACGCCUCCAUCAAACAGAUAACAAUUUACACUCUCUCACCACCCGAAAGAGAAACUGUGUCUACUCUCUAGUGUCUACCUUUCUUUUUCAGAAACUCAAAACAUUUUCCUUUUUAUUUUUAUAAAAAUUUCACUCUAAAUUAAAUAUUUAUAGUUUUAAUUCACACUGGGGAAAACAGAAAUGCUGUGAUACUUUUUGGUUUUUAAUAAAAAAGUUUAUUUUUAUUUUUUGGUAAUAAAAAAGGUGAUUUUUGACUAGAUCGGGUUCUGAGUGUAGUGUGAGAUUUGGGGGUUAGGGUUUAUGCUCAUUUUGAUUUUUGUGGCGGUGCUGGUGGUGGAGGUGGAGGUUUCUGAUGGUUUAUUCUAGUGUUAGUUUUUGUUUGGAUCUGAGGUUAUUUACUACAUAAUAUUCUAAUGGAGACAAAGUUAUGCGCUUUUGCUUUUAUUUCGGAGGUUUUGUUUUUGUUGCUUCUCAAUCCACUAUGCUUGAUUUCUGCUAACAUGGAAGGUGAUGCUUUACAUAAUUUACGGACAAAUUUACAAGAUCCUAACAAUGUUCUGCAGAGUUGGGAUCCUACACUUGUUAAUCCUUGCACAUGGUUUCAUGUAACCUGCAACAAUGAUAAUAGUGUCAUUAGAGUGGAUUUGGGAAAUGCUGCUUUAUCUGGCACACUUGUUCCACAGCUUGGUCAACUCAAGAAUUUGCAGUAUCUGGAGCUUUACAGUAAUAACAUUACCGGUCCUAUUCCAAGUGACCUGGGGAAUCUUACUAACUUGGUGAGCUUGGAUCUGUACCUAAAUAAGUUCACUGGCCCUAUCCCAGAUUCAUUGGGCAAGCUGUCGAAAUUGCGUUUUCUCCGGCUUAAUAACAACAGCUUGAUGGGUCCUAUUCCCAUGUCACUGACUAAUAUUUCAGCUCUCCAAGUUCUGGAUUUGUCUAAUAACCAACUCUCAGGUGUGGUUCCCGAUAAUGGCUCCUUCUCAUUAUUCACUCCGAUCAGUUUUGCAAACAACUUGAAUCUAUGCGGACCAGUCACUGGGCACCCUUGUCCAGGCUCUCCACCGUUUUCUCCGCCUCCUCCUUUUGUCCCUCCACCCCCAAUUUCUGCCCCAGGAACUGGAGGUGCAACUGGAGCGAUAGCUGGAGGAGUUGCUGCUGGUGCUGCUCUAUUAUUUGCCGCGCCUGCAAUUGCAUUUGCAUGGUGGCGUCGAAGGAAGCCACAAGAAUUUUUCUUUGAUGUUCCAGCUGAAGAGGAUCCUGAAGUUCAUCUUGGGCAGCUCAAGAGGUUCUCACUACGAGAGUUGCAAGUUGCAACCGAUACUUUCAGCAAUAAAAACAUUCUUGGAAGAGGAGGGUUUGGUAAGGUGUACAAAGGACGUUUGGCAGACGGCUCACUCGUUGCUGUCAAAAGAUUGAAAGAAGAGCGGACACCUGGUGGGGAGCUUCAGUUUCAGACUGAAGUAGAGAUGAUCAGCAUGGCCGUGCAUAGAAACCUCCUCCGGUUACGUGGGUUUUGUAUGACACCAACCGAAAGGUUACUUGUUUAUCCCUACAUGGCUAAUGGAAGUGUUGCCUCCUGUUUAAGAGAGCGUCCUCCACAUCAAGAACCACUAGAUUGGCCGACAAGGAAAAGAAUAGCUUUGGGAUCAGCAAGAGGUCUUUCAUAUUUGCAUGAUCAUUGCGACCCAAAGAUCAUUCAUCGUGAUGUGAAGGCUGCUAACAUAUUGUUGGAUGAGGAGUUUGAGGCGGUUGUCGGGGAUUUCGGAUUGGCAAAACUUAUGGAUUAUAAGGACACCCAUGUGACAACUGCUGUACGUGGUACAAUUGGGCAUAUAGCUCCCGAGUACCUAUCUACUGGCAAAUCUUCAGAGAAAACUGAUGUUUUUGGUUAUGGUAUCAUGCUUCUUGAGCUUAUCACUGGACAAAGAGCUUUUGACCUUGCCCGGCUUGCAAAUGAUGACGAUGUUAUGCUGCUUGAUUGGGUAAAAGGACUUCUGAAAGAGAAGAAGCUUGAAAUGUUGGUUGAUCCCGAUCUUCAAACCAACUACAUAGAAGCGGAGGUAGAACAGUUAAUCCAGGUUGCGCUGCUCUGCACGCAAGGUUCGCCUAUGGACCGGCCUAAGAUGUCAGAAGUGGUGAGAAUGCUUGAAGGGGACGGGUUGGCAGAAAGAUGGGACGAGUGGCAAAAAGGGGAAGUUCUACGGCAAGAAGUGGAACUGGCACCUCAUCCCAAUUCUGAUUGGAUUGUUGACUCUACUGAAAAUCUACAUGCAGUUGAAUUAUCUGGUCCAAGGUGACCCUGUCACAGUAGUAAUGAAUGGAAUUAUUUGUGACUUAUUUUUUUUAACUAAAAGUUUUCUCACUUUUUUCACUUUUUUUUGGUUCCUUCAAGUACCAUAUCCUAAUUACAGCUCUUGUAAGUCCACUGCAUUAUAUUCAAUUACAUUUGUGCAUAGGGGUCGCUUUGUCAAGUUUCAAUUUGUAUCAUCUGCUGCUGUUUGAUGAAGUGAUGUUUACUUAGAUGAAUAUUUUUGUACACCCUUGUUUCAUGCUUGUUCAAUCUUCUAUCAAAUUAUGAUAA